AUGAAACUCGAAGCAUUGGCUCUUUGUGCGCUCGCAGCGCUGUUGCGCCACGUUCGCGCGCAGGUCCAUACCAACGCGACGUGCUCCAGUGAUUUCGAUUGGAUGAAAAAUUCCAAGGGCCAGAGCCCCUGCCUGGUCACCGCCUGGCUCUGGUCUCCCUGUUUCUUCCCCGAGUCCUUCGUCCCGGCACUCGCACCCGACGAUCUUUACGGAGGCCCUGUAUCUACUGCCGAGUCCGACCUCUGUGAAUGCAAUACGGUCGCAUUCUCCACAGUCGCUGCGUGUGGCAUAUGCCAAGGGCGCGGGGAUGGUGUCGUCCCAUGGUCUGCGUACGACAAGUUCUGCACUGAGACGGCAGCAGUGUCAACAUACCCGUACACAGUUCCCAGCGGGACUGAGAUUCCGGCGUGGGCGUUUCAAGACGUGACGGAGAGCAAUGUGUUCAACGUGACAAAGGCCAAGGCAGUCGCGGCUAGCGAUGCAGCAGUCCCAAACAGUGCUAGUACCGCGCCUACUUCCGCGACCAGCACAAGCAGCGGUGCAAGCACUGGUACAGUUUUGAGCAACACUUCGACAGCGCAAACGACGAACAGCUCCACGAGUGAUGCCAGUACUGGCUCUCCUACCCCUCACCGGGACACCGCCGCGAUCAUUGGUGGCGUGUUGGGAGGGGUGCUGGGCGUCAUCAUCGUCGGUGGUCUGGCUGCUUUCGUCGUCCGGCGGCGGCGGAGGACUGGCGCCGCUGUACGCGAAACGGAUGACGUGGGCACCAGCACAAUGCAUGAGACCCACUCGCCGGAGCUGAAGGGCGAUCCAGCUGGGUUAUAUCGCUAUAACCCAGACGACCCGAGGACGUUCCCGCCGGAGCUGAGCGUGUAG